AUGGCUUCAAGAACUGCCACAAAAGACAUAAUCACUCUUCGCGGAUCGGCUGCCAUAGUCAGUGAAUUCUUUGGUUAUGCUGCAAACAGUAUUCUGUACAAUCGUGGAGUUUACCCAGAAGAAAGUUUUGCAAAGGUCAAGAAAUAUGGGCUUCCAAUGCUGCUUACUCAGGACGAAGGUGUCAAAUCAUUCCUUUCAAACUUAACAGCGCAGCUUUCUGAGUGGCUGGAAUCUGGGAAGCUGCAGAGGGUAGUUCUGGUGAUCAUGAGCAAGGCCACUGGUGAGGUUUUAGAGAGGUGGAAUUUCAGUAUUGAGACGGAUAAAGAGGUUGUCGAAAAAGGAGUCACAAGGGAGAAAAGUGAUAAGGAAAUUAUGAGGGAAAUUCAAGCAAUUAUGAGACAGAUAGCAUCCAGCAUUACAUAUUUGCCAUGCCUCGACGAACCUUGUGUUUUUGAUGUGUUAGCCUACACAGACACAGAUGUGGCAGUUCCAUUUACUUGGAUUGAGAGUGACCCUAAACUGAUAGCCAACCCUCAGAUGGUGAAACUGCAUUCUUUUGAUACUAAGAUACACAAGUGGUUAAAAUCAUCUGGGCACGUUCAUUUUCACCAGCUCAAAAUCUUUAAUUUACUCUCAGGAUAUCCUGAUUAA